CGCGGGUUGACCGCAGGGGACUCGUCUGCGGUUCAAGAGUAUUUACGCUUUACAGCGAAAAGGCAUAAGGGAUGAGGACUAUAGAGGGUGGGUACAUCCACGAAGGAGCUUUGUUCAGAAGGUACUGAAUUUGUCGGCCCAUUCCUGCCUUUUGUCCCUCUCAACAAAAACCCGGUAGACUUUUGUGACACAUUUUGGAUGUAGAAAUAUCUCCAUACCGUAUCUUAUUGGAGUGACAUACAUCCUGGGCAUCCUGUCGAACUUACACAUUACGUCAGCAGAUUUAUUGUUCUUUGUGGCCAAUCACGACUUGUGUUUCAUAUCACCGUCCAGGUGGUUGUAUAAAACGGCGGUUAAGGCCUGUGCCCUCUCCACAAGCGCUUGCGUGACCGAUUGUCGCCUGCUCGUACCGUGACUACUGCGGUUACUCAACGUGUGCUGUGACCAUUGUCAAGCUUGGUGGUCGGUGAGGGAGGGAAAAAAAGGGCGGGAACUGAGGACAGAGCAGACCAGGCUACUGGCGGGUUGCUAAGCACUAUGACAAGAUACAUUGCAUUCAUCAUCUGCAUUGCCUACGCUGUGUCAGAUGUCAGUAGUGCGCUGUACGUUCCCGAUGCACAGAUCAGACAGAUGAUAGUCAACGCCCACAAUGCCUUGCGGCGGAAGGUUGCCACCCGAUGGACAGACAAGGGAUUGGCUGCUAGCAACAUGAGGAAAAUGAGUUGGGAUGCGGAGCUGGCAGAUGAGGCCGUCACCCAGGCAACGUGCGAUAGAGUGGAGGAUAUCUCUGGGAUGAGUUGGGCAGUUGGAGGCCACCCCUCGGUCGCAUUUUUCGACGACCUCGAGGACAGGGCACACGGCAAGAAUGUGGCCGUCAGCCAGCAUCGGAACAUUCUUCAGAUGAUCGAGGAGUGGAGCGCCGGAGAGGGCCACUUUGACUACGAAUACCACACGUGCGAACCUGACUACGCCUGCACUGCCUUCAAGCAGAUGAUAUUGGCCAAUGCUAGUCGAGUUGGAUGUAGCCUCAACCCAUACUGUGAAUUAGAUGGCGAGAGUGUGAAACUCCUAGUCUGUAUGUACGAUGAGAAAUUUAGCAUUUUUUUCGAUCUGUAUAUCGUCGGCCCGCCGUGCAGCAAAUGCCAAUCGCCGACUGGAUUCUGCGAAGACGCCCUCUGUGUUUCAUCUUGCCACGGCAGCUCAUCCGGAGAAUGCAGUUGUCAAAAAACGUGUCAUCACCCUGGCGUCGGUGAGGGCGUGCUUGAUGCGCACACCUGCAUGUGCGACUGCACGUACGGACUUGGAAUCGAUUGCCAAGAUUUGUGUGAGAAUCCACAAUAUUAUGUCAACUACGAUUACUGUGCUGACAUAAAUAACCCCGAGUCCUGCGAGACAGAUCAGACUUUUCAACUGGAAUUCUGCCCAGCAAACUGUGACUACGGCUGCAGGCCGGCCCCGUGAUAAAGGUUUACUUUAUAAUCAAGGUAUGAAGAGGGCGCCCUAGCGCAUCGUUUCAACAUCACCACCGGCUUCUGCACAGCAAGUUCAGUGUUCGAGUCCUCGAACGGUUGUUUGUAAGACAUGUGCUUCAUUGUAAAUAUUAAGGACCAUUCUUAUUCACGUUGCAUUAUUGUGUCUGUCUUGGUUAAGGAUGACUUUUGAUGUUUGUUGAUUGAAAAAGUUUGUUCCCGUGGUGUCUUAUGUUUAUGCUCUCAUUUUAUCGUGAGUUCCUCAGUCGAACGGUCAGGUUACGUAAUUAAUGUAAUACUAAUAACCGUACGGGUUUUUUUUUCGUUGCUUGCUAGUUUAAUAAUGGGAGACUUUGAGACGCUUGGUGGCGGCAGACACAAUGGUCC